AUGGCGCAGAAAGUUCUCAAAAGCUGCCAUCCAACCUCGGGGUACGGGCUCCGAGAGGUCCUUGAGGUCCAGUCGCAGGGACUGCGCGCUUACGACAUCCCCAUUCCACCUUCAAGUGCUGAAGAGGUGAAAGCGAGCUGUGACUCCUUCGUGCUCUCAUCCUUCACUGCCCAGGAUGCGUGGGAACUGGGGCACCUCCUCUAUGCGCGCCUUCUGCCUUUUGCGUCUAAACAGCCAACCCUCAUUUCCAUCGCUCUGGCAAACAGCAGUCAGGUCCUGUUCCAGACGGCGGUUGGUUCGGGAGCUGUACCGGACAAUGAGACCUGGGUUCAGAGAAAGAGGAACAGCGUCUUGAGGUGGGGGUGCAGCACCUGGUUCUUGCAUUGUAAAUACGCGGCCGAUGAGGAGCUGUUUCGGGCGAAGUUUGGGAUGAGCGAGGAGCAGGCAGGAAAGUACGCCAUACAUGGUGGUGGAGUUCCCAUUCGAGUCCAGGGGGUUGAGGGUAUAGUGGCGGUCGUGGUUGUUUCGGGAUUGGCACAGCACGAAGAUCACGGCGUCAUUGUCGAUGUCAUCCAGCGGCACUGGGCAUAA